AUGAACUCCUUGACCACCGCUCUCCUCUUUUCCGCGACUCUUCUAGCCACUUCCCAGGCCCCCGGGAUGGGAACGGCCCGUCGUUUUGGAAUGGGAAUGGGUGGACGAAGAUUUGGAGAUGUUUUGCAAACACUGACUACCGAGCAAAAAGGUCGAUUCAUGGAGAUGAUGAUGGAAACACGUAAUCUGCCCAAAGGUCAAGCUAAAGCGAGAUUCGACCAAUUCGCUGCCACUGUGAAUCCCGAAGCCAGAGCUAUGAUGGCGGCUGGAAAGGCUAGGAUGGAAAAGAUGAAAGCCGACAAUGACAGGAAGGCUGGUGGACUGAGCGCUAGCGCGAAGGCGGUUUACAACCAGAUUAAUGUGAGUUGGUAGACUUGAAUUUUAAAGCCCUUCUUUUCAGGCCGUUAUGAUGGAUCAGUCCUUAAGCUACGCCGAGUCUCAUAAAAGAAUGAUGGCGCUUCUACAGCAGAAUCCCUCAGCGUUGAAUGAGAUGAAAGCGGCGGGCAUGCGUGCUCCAGGAAUGCAUAUGGGAAGAGGAAGGGGUGGCGACAUGGAUGGUGGAGACAAUCAGUUCCGCAGGGUGUUCAGACGCUAA